UCUUCUCUAUUCAAAAGCUUUAUUUUCUCAAUUCCAUUAAACUCAUUUUCAAUGGUGCGACUCAUUGUGUUUUCAGUACUGUUGCUACUUGUAUCUCAUGUCGUCUCGUCACACUUCAUCGUUGAGACUCUACCUGGAUUUGAUGGAAAACUUUCAUUUACACUCGAAACAGGUUACAUUGGUGUUGGAGAAGAUGAACAAGUGCAGCUGUUUUAUUUCUUCAUACAAUCUGAGAGAGAUCCAGAGAAUGAUCCUCUCAUGAUUUGGCUCACCGGAGGUCCUGGUUGUUCUGCUCUAUCGACAUUUUUUUAUGAGAUGGGUCCUUUAACCUUUGAUUAUGCAAAUUCUAGUGGAAAUUUCCCAAAAUUGGAGUUGAACUCAUAUUCUUGGACCAAGGUGGCCAACAUAAUAUUUAUAGAUCAACCUGCUGGCACCGGCUAUUCAUAUGCAAACACUUCAGAAGCUUACAACUGUAGUGAUACCCUCUCUGUAACUCUAACUUAUGACUUCCUUAGAAAGUGGCUUAUGGAGCAUCCCGAGUAUCUCAAGAAUCCAUUAUAUGUUACUGGUGGUUCCUACUCAGGCUUUUUUGUUCCACCGCUUACUCGCAAAAUAUAUGAUGGUAUUGAAGUUGGUGACAAACCUCAACUAAAUAUCAAAGGAUAUAUACUAGGCAAUGCUCAAACAGAUAGAUUCAUCGACUUUAAUGGUAGAGUCAGAUAUGCUAAUUGUAUGGGACUUAUUUCAGAUAAGAUCUAUCAGUCCACUAAAGCAAAUUGCAAUGGGAACUACAUUGACGUUGAUCCAAAUAACACAUUAUGUCUAAAUGAUCUUCAGAAAGUAGACAGGUGUCUCAAGAACAUACAAUGGACACAUAUUUUAGAACCUUGGUGUGACCUUGAAUCUUUUAUGAGCAUUCUCCAAGAAACUCCUACAAAUGGCCAGUCAGUAUUUCCAAUUGCAGGACCAUGGUGUCGAGAAAAGAAUUACAUAUACUCGUAUGUUUGGGCAAACAAUAAAGCUGUCCAGAAAGCACUAAACGUUCGUGAGGGAACAAUAUUGGAGUGGGUUAGAUGCAAUGAAAGCAUGCAUUAUAGAGGUAAGGAGAGAACCGAGUCAUAUGUUUAUGAUGUCCCAAGUGCCGUUGAUGAUCAUCGCCAUCUCACCAGCAAAUCCUGUCGAGCACUAAUUUAUAGCGCUGACCAUGACAUGAUUGUUCCUCAUUUGACCACGGAAGAAUGGAUAGACACUUUGAAACUGCCAAUUGUAGAUGAUUGGGAGCCUUGGUUAGUUGACGCUCAAGUUGCAGGAUACAAAAUGAAGUAUUUACAAACUGAUUAUGAGCUGACAUAUGCAACUGUUAAGGGUGCGGGUCAUACAGCUGCUGAAUACAAGCCGGAACAAUGCUUGUCAAUGGUUGAUAGGUGGUUUUCCGGUGACCCUCUUUAGUUUCACCAUCGCAAGACAUUAAUGUACUUACUCAUUUGAUUUUCUCGAUCGACAUAAUUAAGUUGCUUCUUUGACAACUUAUAUAGCAACACCAACAUUAAGCAUGUCUGUCAUGUAAUCUUGACAUGGAAAAUCACAUGUUAAAAUAUAUAUGAUUCGAGGUUGACGCUAUUUAUAUUCCUUUGUACUUUGUACUAAGCGAAAUUGGAGAAAGGAAGUACUUAUCGAA